UUCAGUUCGAUUGACAAUCUCCAAAUAAUGAAGCAAAAAAUCCAUAGCUGGAAUAGUGCGUCAAAUUAGCGCCCGGCUAUAGAUAUGCUGCUACCUCACCAUUUCAUCGUGAUUUGCUAUAGGCAGAGAACCUUGCAGCCUCUUUCACAAGCCUUGCGGCGAGACAAAAGUUGUCGCCUGAGCGCUGACGCGUCAGACCGACCAUCCCCCACUAGGAAGUCCCCAAUCAGGUCCUUAGGCGAAAGUUGCCUCCUAUUUCUCCGAGGCGGUGCUUUCGAUGCAUAUAACUGAUCACUCCACGACCUCGCUCCAUCAUCCCAUCUCGAUCGUCAUCACUACCAUUAUCGUUAGACGCCAUGGGGGUCUCCCGCUUGCUCGUAUCAUCCCUUCUAUGGGUAGCGAGCACCAGCGCCACCACCGAGUUUUCCCCAAAUGCGAAUCACAUUUUUAACACCAUCCACUCGUCUAUGCGACAAUGGGGCUCUUCUCUCCAGCACAACGGCAUGUCCUUCUUCCUGGCGACAGUACCUGCGGGCACUCAGUUUUACCACGGCAACUCCAACCCUGCGCCGGUGAAUGGUACGGAAUGGCUUGCCUUUGAGCCCGAGCAUGCCUUGGCCUUUGCCCGGCCGUUCCGUGGUUCACCUCCUUCUCACGAUGACGAUAAGCAGGACCAGCGGAAGAAGCGGGCGGAGGCUGAAGAACAAGAAUCAGAGGGAGGCUGGUUGCAUACUUAUAUUGCUGCUAAGGACCUUCGCCUGCUGUACGCAGACGGCAUGUCGGCGGGUAAGACUGCCAAUGGCACGCUCGACGCAGAGGACCGAAUUCUUUUCCAAGACAAUCUGCCUGGUGAGGGGGCAAUGCAUGGCGAGCGCGAACGUGCGGUUGAAUUCUGUCGCAUGGCACGCGAGGAUUUCAACGGGCGAUUGGAUGGGUUGUUGCGGAUGGAGGCCGGCUUUGAGAUCAUUCUAUGUGACUUUGCGCGUGAUCUGAAGGAGGUUCGUGUCACACAAGUCAAGUCGCACGAAACAUCCGGUUCGAAGGAUUCAAGCAAUGGCAAAGGGAAAGGAAAAGGAGGACCUCCCGGCGGAGGCAACGAUUGGAUGAAAGCUGUCACGGCUCGGUACGGAGGCAUUGGAGGUCAUCGAGUUGCGUUAAACUAUGAGACUUUUGUGUCAGCCUACACCUACGGACUGGAUCUCUUUCACUCCGUGAACGAGACCUUCAAACUUCCUCGACUUAUGCACCUUUCUUCCCAGGAGCUGCAGCCUAUCCGCGACGAUCUGCACCGUCUCAUCCUCGACCACGCCGCCAAGGAUAAUCUGUACGAUUGGCAGGCUAUCGCCGACAUGGUUGUGGAGCGAUAUGCCCGCGAGAUUCGAUAUCUCGCCUCCGGGGACGUGGCCACGGUGGAGGAACUCCAUGCGGAGAUCGAGACCAUGCUGCGCCCCUUCAUCGACUACUCAGAUCGUGAUGUCGAUGCUGAGCGGGACCGCUGCGCUCAUCAGUUCAUUCCUGGUGAGAUUGCAGUCGAUAGCGUAGCUGCCACCGCCAUACAUGCCGUGGCCCGUAGUAUUUGUUCGACCAUGCUGUCAGCUUGGCAAGAGCCCGAAUACCAGGCCGCGGUUGGUCACUUCCGGGAGCUGAUGAACUAUCUAGCCUGGACGACAUGGAAGCAAUGCAGCGGUUGUGGUGAUCAUGAGGUCUGCGUGAUUCCCAUCUGGCCGACGGGCACGCUCGAGGACUACGAGCACCCGCAAUGUCGCGACUACUCGAAUCCCGCCAGCCCGGGUCAGGGCUACUGGGGCAAUCCUCGCGGUCCCCGGCCCCAUGACGAGCCAGAGGAGGCGUCUGGCUGGCUGGAACGAUUCUUCUCUUAUCUUCAGGUUAUGCUUAGAACUCUUCUAGGUAUGCAUUUUUGAGCAGCGGCGACGGCUCCUUCAACUUCGUCGCUCGGA